GUCCAGGGGGCUGUGCAUCCAACGGUCUAGUGCAUCGCGUUGUUUAAGUGCUGUCGCUAUGGCGUUGAGAUUCUUGAUAAAUUUCUCAAACAAGCCGGUGGAGAAGAUUACCACUUCGCUUUUAUUUAGACACUCGGCCGGCGCCAAGACCUCGGCGCCGGGCGUCACGCUGCCGCAGAAGCCGAAGAUGCCCCGCUCCGGCUACAUCAGGUUCGUCGCCGAGACCAUGGCCAAGCUGAAGACGGAGGCGCCCGGCACCAAGUCUUCAGACAUGGUGGUGAAGGCGUCGAAGCUCUGGAGGGAGCUGGAUCCCGCUGAGCGGAAGCGCUUCAACGACGCGUCCGCCACCGAGAGGGCCAAGUGGCACGAAAAGGUGGCCGCGUUCGAGGCGCAGCUCAGCCAGCGCGAGCGUGAUCAGCUGGUGGCCGAGCGGCAGCGGCAGCGCGACCGGCAGAGGGACGAGCGACAGCGGCGCCAGCGGCGGCGCCAGCUUACCGACCUGCAGCGGCCGCGCAAGCCGCCCAACUCCUUCAUGCUCUUCUACAUGGAGCGCGUGCCCGAGCGCAAGGACAUGCAUCAGAAGGAGUUCCUGGCGGAGAUUGGCAAGCGCUGGGCUGGCAUGAGCGAGGAGGAUAAGUUUCCCUACGUCAAGCGGUUCCAGGACCUGAAGGAGACGUACGCCAAGGAGUUGGAGGCUUGGGAGAAGCGAAUGAUCAAGGAGGGACGGUCCGAUCUCGUCCGGACCGCCUCUCAGCCGGUGCUCGCCGAGGAAGAGGUCACCAAGGGUCGCCACCGAUAGGACGGCGCCGGCGGUGGCGGCGGCGUCCAGGCGCGCGGCAAGGUCAAGUCGGGGGUUAUUGCUGGGAUGGAGGUCAAAUCGGGGUGCAAGACCAAAUCAGAGGUCAAAACGGGGUUAAUGGUCGAGGGAGAGGUCACGCCCGGAGUCGAGGUCACGAAGACUGCUCCGAAGUCCAAGGUCAAAGUUACACCUAAGGCGGAAGUGAAGCCCAAACCUGCACCCAGGUCCAAGGCCAAGACCGCAUCCAAGGCCGAAGUGCAGUCCAAGGCGGUACCGAAGCCCAAGGCCAGGGUCGCACUCAAUGUCGAACUGAAGCCCAAGUCCUCACCGAAGACGAACGUCAGUGCAGCCACGUCUAAGAUCCCACCGAAGCCGGAACGCGAGCGAACAGCCGGGCCCGAGCCCAGCGCCAGGGCCGCUCUCGGGAUCCCAGCCCAGCCCUCUGCGCCGGCCGCUACAGGGGCAUGUGCGGAGGUGUCGGCGGCUGGCGCGGAGGCGGUCCGCGGCG